AGCCAUCCACCUGCAACCAUGGUGCCUAAACAUUGCUUCCUAGGCUUCCUCAUCGGGUUCGUCCUGACUGGUGGAGGAGAACCUCAGCCAGCCCAUGAAUCUAUGAACCCGCUGAGAGUUCAAUUUCAGUCCCGAAAUUUUCACAACGUUUUGCACUGGCAGCCUGGGAGGGCCCCUUCCAACCACAGCAGGAUCUAUUUUGUGCAAUACAAAAAGUAUGGACAGAAAGAAUGGAAGAAUAAAGCCGAGUGUUGGGAGACACAAGAGCUCUUCUGUGACCUCACUGAUGAAACAUCCGAUCUGCGGGAACUCUAUUACGGAAGGGUGAGGAUGGCCUCCGCUGGGAACUACUCAGGAUGGAGUAUGACACGUCGCUUCACCCCUUGGUGGGCAACAAAUAUAGACCCUCCAGUGAUUAAUGUAACCCAACAUAACGGAUCUGUGUUGGUAGUUCUGCAUGCCCCAGAUUUUCCCUACAGACACCAAAAAGGAACAAAUGUAACCGUGGAAAAUUACUAUGACUUAGUGUACCGAGUUUUUUUAAUCAAUAAUUCACUAGAAAAGGAGCAAAACAUAUAUGAAGGAGCUGGAAGAGUUGUUGAAAUUGGAGCUCUCAUGCCUCACUCUGGCUACUGCAUAGUGGCUGAAAUCUAUCAGCCCAUGUUAGGCAGAAGCAGCCAGAGAAGUGAAGAGAUAUGUGUGAAAAUUCCCUAAUUGGUCUGGAGAGCCCUACCACAUAUAAGUCCAAAGCACUUCACAAAUCUAAUGAGCCCUGCUUGAAGAAUCUCCCUGAAAAUUGUAUCUAUUUCCUUAAAAGAAUGCUCACUAGGACUGCAAAGGACUUCUUUGUAUAUCCAUUCUUUCUGUAUAUUUCACUUGUAACCUAGAUUUGAACAACUCUUCUCAAGAAUUAGAAUUGAAAGCAGAGGCAACGAAUAAAGAGCUCUAGGAAAUGUGAAACUUCAUUUCUAAAUGUAACAUCUCAAACAAUAUUUAGUCAUGAGAUAGGAAGAUAUAAAUGAAGAGCCUAUGACGAAUGAAUUUUAAUAAAAAUGUCAAGGUGCUUUUAUAAAGUAGCAUUACAAUCUGGGAGAUUAUUGUCUCUGCCUU